AUGGGAGGAAAUUCUUCCGGAGAAUCUUGUUCAAUCAUUAUUGAUUCGAAAAAAUCCAAGUCACAAACAACUAUUGAAAAUCUACCAACGUUGGCCAUUGAAUUUAUUCUAAGUCAAUUAACCUAUUAUCAAUUAUUACAAAUUCGACUUGUAUCUCGUCAUUGGUAUUCUUUAAUUCAAGAAUAUCUGUCACGAGCGGAUCGUAAUUUUUUCAUUAAUCUAACCAAUUAUCGUGUGCAAUGGGUUGCCGUAAAAGAACAAGUCAAAUAUUGUAAUCAACAUCAAUCGCAGAAAUCAACAGCAGCCAAUGCCGAAUUCAAAUACGAAUUGAAUCUAAAUUCAUCGAAAAAAUUACGAACAAUUCCACGAAUGUCACCAAGACUUCAUCAUCUGGCUUGUUAUGUUGACAAUUACAUGUAUGUUUAUGGUGGAUGUGUAUCAUUGACCACUACGUAUAAUGAUCUUUGGCGUUUCGAUACGACAAGCAAACAUUGGUCACGAAUUGUUGCCGAAGGAACUUUGCCACUACCACGUUUGUUUGGCUCAUUAUCUCUAUACAAUUGUCAUGAAAAUAAUGGUAACGGUGUCCAAAUCCGUAAACAAUAUCUCGUACUGUUUGGUGGAAUUGUUUUCAACGAUAAACUACAGCCACCAACAUUUGAUGAUCGUGAUCGUCUUCUCAAAACAAUACAUUUAUUCGAUAUUCAAUCAAAUCGAUGGACACUAAUCCAGAUUAACGGUUCGAUCGAAUUGAAAUCCUGUCAUCACACGGCAACAAUUGUUGGUGAUGAACUAAUCAUUGCUUGUAAUGGCCAUAGCUUCGUUAAUGAGCGCCCUAUCGAUGGUAGCGAUGCAGCAGCCUCCUUAUUUGUAUUCGAUUUACGAAAACAUUGUUGGCGUUGUCAACGUACAGUAGGACCUAUGCCAACAGCAUUAUUAUUCAAUUCUGCACGUGUCAUUCCACCAAUGGCCACACCGGCAAUGAUAUUACAAUCAGCUAAAGAAUUAUUCUGUAGUCGUACACGUGCCAUACCAAAUUCAUUCAUAAUGGAUGAUCAUCAUAUAUUGUAUAUAAGUCAUGUAUCAAAUUAUUCACAACAAGCAUCACCUUCUGCAUCCCUAUUAAAACGUACUGGCCGUUGUCAACAAUGGCCAAAUUGUCUGGAAUGUCGACAAAUGGCCGAUGACGCUAAUGACGCUGAUGAUGAUAAUGAUAAUAAUGGUAGCAGUGGUCACCAUAAUAAUAAUGAUAAUAAUCAAACACCAUGGCAAUGGCAACCCAUUGAUUUAUCAAAUGUUGAACCUGAUCUCAAAUGUGGCAAUAUCUGUAUCAUUAACAAUCGUUUAUUGGCUUAUUUAUCGGUGAAAAAUCGAUAUUUUUAUGAAUCAAAAUCAACAAAACAUGCCAUGUUCAGUCAACCACCAGCACCACCCAUAAUAUCGCAACCAGCCAAUGCAAUGAAUAAUAAUACUUUGAUUACAACAUCAACAUCGAAUCCAGUACAUCCAGUGGAUAAACGUUCAAUUUUACAUGAACGUCGUAUUGAAAAAUUGGAUUAUUAUAAACGUUAUUAUGAAGAUCGAAUCUAUCGUAAUAACGCAGCCAACCGUUUGAAUAAUGAGAAUCAACGACAAUAUUCACCAAUAACAAUGAAUCGCAAUUAUAAUGUAACACAAAAAAUUACAUUACAAUUACAUCUACUAGACAUUACAGAGGUGAUUAGUCACCGAAGAAUACGAAAACUUCGUCCCAUACGUUCAAUGGAUUAUACAGUGGCACCAAAUGCAUUCAAUUAUUAUUCAUUAGUGGCAACACCUGAAUCACUGAUACUAUUCGGUGGUUAUUUUGUCGAUGAAAUGUAUAAAGAUAUACAGAAUAGACUAUUCUUACUUGUAUCGAAACCAGAAACAAGUAUCGAUUAACCAUACAAAAAGAAAAUUUAUUAUUUGCAUCAUCAUCAUCAUCAUUAUCAUUAAUUUGUCUUUUAAUCAAAAUAGUAAUGGU